UUUGAAGUACAUCGAUUAAGUUAGAAAAAGUGGAAAUAAUCAAAAUGCAGCUACUUUAUUUGGCUAUUACUGUAUUUGUUUAUCUAACAGAAGUUGAAUCUGGACGGUUUACAGAGGAAGAAAAGGGGAAAAAAAUAUUUGAGAUGUCAAGUCAUACGGCGGGAGAUAAUCAUGAAAAUGAAAAUAUUUAUGAAUUAGUUCAUUCAUGGAAACAACCACUUAUUGAGUUAACACAAUCACUUGAUGAAUUUGUAAACGGUUCCGUUGCCACACCAAUUGUGAAUACCAUAAGCCACUGUGAACUAAUCGAAUCGAUAGUAUAUACAAUGGAGACAACUCAGGUUACUCCAGUGUAUUUUGAGGACCGAGACAAGUAUAAUUAUUUGUAUGAUCUUCGAUAUGACACCCGAGGACUUAAGCACGUCGCAGAGAUAGUAAAACUGUAUUGCAUUGACGUGAAUCAAUUUGAUUAUAUAUCGAAUAUAAUUCGAAAAGUUGAAAAUAGUUCUGACACCGCCUAUACAAUUACACCAGCAAUAAGUGAUCAAAUCGUUACCUUUGUCAAAGAAAUGAACAAAACAAAAAUCAAAAUCGAAAAGGAAAUUGGUAAAACUUUGGAAAAAAUUAAGAGUACCGCGACAAAAAUAUUUCAAUUUCAAGAAAAAUUAGCCCUUCCACUUUAUCAAUCGAACGAUUAUUUGGAGCGGCUCGAUAAAAUGGUGCCAAUUGUGAAAAAAAUGGACAAAAAGCUUCUUAAGGUGAAAUACAUUGAAUCGGUUCAUAAAAAUCUUGAAAAACUCAAGAUUGUUUCAACUUUUGAAGAAUUUUUUAUUGAAAAGCCACGAAGAAGAUAAAACAUGUCUUCCAACAU